CGUCAGCUGUCAACCGUCCACACGCGCACUCCAGUCUACUGUGUGUGUGCAAGAUUUGUUUGGACAACGAAUGGAUCCGUAACUGCACAGGGAGCACGGAACACUAAAAACUAAUGUGACGGGACAACUUUCUUCUCUCAAGCUGGACUAAAGCGACUCCGUCACAGGAAAGUUGAGGUUAAUUUUGCUCAGUUUUAAUUUAGUCUAAAGAGUAGGAAAAAGGUGAACAGGUUUUCCGGUGGUAGCGUAACGUUGCGGAGAUGCUAAUGAGCUAGCCGUGGAGUCGGUUCUCUUACCGGCUUCUUUAGCUAGCUGUAGCUAGCUCUACAUCCAGUUGCUAGCUAGCAAGCUAAAAGGCUGGUGUAGCGUCAACGUCAGUACAUAGAGAAAUGAAGGUUGUCUGGAGUUCUUUAAUUUUGUGGAGUUUUUAAUACUGAAUAGAAUGACGUUUGUGAUAUUAAAGUAGUUUGGUAUAUUUAGGUGAAGUGACACACGAUGAGGUAGUGAGUCUGGUUGGCUCAGGUAGUUAUGAGCAGUUUUAACAUUUCAACCAAAACAUCCACAUUAAGCUCAUCUUUGAGCAGCGACAGUAGCGUUAAAGCUUCUCAUGUCAACCUCAACACCACCAAUAACAACCAGGAGUGGGAUUUAGGAAGCGAUGUGUUUCCGUGCUAUCACGCGAUGAGUCCCAUGGACGAAGCGGUGCAGGCGGGCAUGUCCUCUGUCCAGUCGGGGCUGGACGGACACCUGCCGCUUCUCCACUCCAAGCACCACAACAGCCAGGACCGGCUUCUGCUGGACUUGAAUUCCCCGGCUGCCUACCUCGAUAGUGGCUCUCUGGAGUAUAGCGACAAUGAUGGGAUCAACAUGGGUCCGCUGUUCGGGAGGAGGAAGAGGUCGAGGUCCAACAGCUCCAGACACCGCUUUAACGAGGUGGUCACGGAGCUCGGCCCCGAGGAGGUGCGGUGGUUCUACAAGGAGGACAAGAAAACUUGGAAGCCCUUUGUUGGACAUGACUCUCUACAUAUUGAACUCAUGUAUCGUAAAUAUUGUGAGCUGAACCCCGGUGCAUCGGCGGUGGGGGGGUCCCAGGUCAGCGAUGUGGAGGGAGACUGCGCUAAUAAUGGCGUGGAGAGCAGAGGGCUGAAUGGAGCUAUACCGGUACCGGUGGAGACCAGGACCAGCAGCGUGCACGAGGGCCGGGGGUCACUGGACACAUCCACCGUGUCCACAGAGGAGAGGGACCUUGACAGCAUUGAAAUCAACGUAGAGCCUGUGUGUGUGCGGGGAGGGCUGUAUGAAGUGGAUAUUAAAGAGAGGGAAUGCUACCCUGUUUACUGGAAACAACAGGACCAUAUUCCAGUGAUGAGAGGCCAAUGGUUCAUCGAUGGAACGUGGCUCCCUUUAGAGGAAGAGGAAAGUGACCUCAUUGAGCAGGAGCACCUGAACCAUUUUCGAGGACAACAGAUGCAGGACACGUUUGAGACAGAUUUGGUGGUCAGGACCGUUGACAGUAAAGACGUUCUCUCCCAUUUGCCCCCUUUCUACCUACCUUUUCUGUUCAAAUGGAGUGGAUAUCAGACGAGUGCUAGAACUACAUGUCACAAGCGCAAACGCUGCCAAGCUAUCCACAGUCUGAAGCUGAGCCGGACCCAUGUGGAUUGGCACAGCGUAGAAGAGGUCUACCUCUACAGUGAUGCCACCACAUCCAAAAUUGCACGGACUGUCACUCAGAAACUGGGUUUCUCCAAAGCUUCCAGCAGUGGAACACGGCUCCAUAGAGGAUUCGUUGAAGAAGCCUCACCUGAAGACAGACCCCCUCAGACCACACACAUUGUCUUUGUGGUCCAUGGGAUUGGGCAGAAAAUGGAUCAGGGGCGCAUUAUUAAAAACACUGGAAUGCUGAGGGAAGGGGUGAGAAAGAUGGAGGAGAAGCACUUUCCAAAGCACAACGACGAGCAUGUGGAGUUCCUGCCUGUGGAGUGGCGUUCCAAACUGGCCCUGGAUGGAGAUACUGUAGACUCCAUUACACCAGACAAAGUGAGAGGACUGAGAGACCUCCUCAACAGCAGUGCCAUGGAUAUCAUGUACUACAACAGCCCCCUUUAUCGUGACGAGAUUACCAAGGGCCUAACGCAGGAGCUAAACAGACUCUACUCACUCUUCUGCUCCCGAAACCCUGACUUUGAGGAGAGAGGGGGGAAGGUGUCCAUCGUGUCUCAUUCCCUCGGUUGCGUCAUUACUUACGACAUCAUCACAGGAUGGGACCCGGUGCGCUUCUGUCUGCAGGAGCACCGCGCUGUGGAGGAGGAGCUCGACCUGCAGUGGAUGUCCUACGAGGAGAGGCAUCUGUUAGAGCAGCUGAGAUUCACACGGAACAGGAUGCGAGAGUUGGAAAAUCAGCUCAUCACACUGGAGGCCUCCAGACCAUCAGCACCACCAGCACUCAAAUUUAAAGUGGAAAACUUUUUCUGUAUGGGUUCUCCUCUGGCUGUGUUCUUGGCACUGAGGGGCAUCCGUCCUGGUUCCAGCUGUCACCAGGACCACAUACUGCCUACCUCCAUCUGCAGCAGGCUCUUCAAUGUCUUCCAUCCCACAGACCCUGUGGCUUACAGACUGGAGCCUCUCAUCCUCAAACACUACAGCAAUAUAGCACCUGUUCAGAUCCACUGGUGCAGUGCCACUAAUCCCACCCCCUACGAUGAGAUCCGGCCGACUUACCUGAACCCUGUCAAAGACCCAACGUCUGACACUGAGAGCAUCCCCAGCCCCAGUACUUCUCCUGUGCUGCCUCGCAGACACUACGGAGAGUCCAUCACCAGCCUGGGCAAGGCCAGCAUUCUAGGGGCAGCGAGCAUAGGGAAGGGCAUCGGAGGAAUCCUCUUCUCACGGUUCUCUCGCUCCAACAGCCAGCCUUCAGUGUCCUUAGGGUUGGAUGGAGGGUCUACGACGGAGGAGGAGGAGCAGAAACGCACCGAGAGCCAAUCAGCAUACGGCCUGUCCAGCAUGGCCCGGCCCACCUCUCCAACUGUCGACACUUCCUUGGAGCUGGAGCGUCGCAUUGACUUCGAGCUGCGGGAGGGUCUGGUGGAGAGUCGCUACUGGUCUGCGGUGACCUCACACACAGGAUAUUGGUGCUCACACGACAUCGCUCUCUUUCUGUUGACCUUCAUCUACAAGGAGAAAAAACCACUGUCGGAGCCAGCAGAGGACAACCAGGAGCCAGAAUAAAGCAUCAACACACACAGGAAUCAUGUCUAACCAGGCGUGUUUUCGAUGGGACACUUUUAUUUCCUCCCGCUCGUAAACAUUCUCAGUUAGACGACUAAUAUUUUUCCUAUGAUUCCUUGGAGUUCAGUUCUUUUAGAAUUUGGAAAUGAUGACUGAUGAAGCAAGUUUCAUUCCAACAUGUGCGUUUUUGUCCUUUAGUUUGUUUGUCUGUGUGUGUGUACCUCCCAGUACACAGUUGCUCUUCCCAGAUUGACAGUUUCGGACCAGGGACUUCUGAGGAGGUGCAGCGAGUCCACAGACAUAAAAAAAAAAAAUUGAAUAAGAGUUGAAAUCACAGAGGAGGAGGAGGAGAACGUGAUCCUUCAACUUAAGUCACACAACAGCUGCUGCUUCCUGUCGAGGUGUGUGUACGUUGUUCAUUCAGUCCUUCAGCCUCAGACCGGAGCCUUGUGGACACACUUACCUGAACCCGGUCACCGAGGCGUCCGGUUCCCACGUCUCUUCUGCGUUUUUAUUUUGCUUUGACACGACGGAGGAAAAUCUACAGCGAUCAGAAAAUGUUACGUUGAAAAUCUAAACCUUAAGUUACUACACAUGAAAACUUAAUGCUCACAAGCAAAUGCAAUGCCUUUGAAAAUUAGCCAAACCACAUGUAAAAUACCUGUGUUUAGUUCGUCCAGACACAACCUUAGGGGCGUAUCCCUUUAAUAGUAUUUUUGAAAGUAUAAAAAAAAGACGACAAAUGUGCUUUAGAUUGUUUUUUCUCUCUGAAUGACUUAGGUUUGACUGAAAAAAAAAAAAACUUAUGCACCAGUUAAAACAUAAGCAAAGAUCUACUUUUUAUACGAGACUAGAAUAAAAUCGUCCUUUGUGUUUCGGUUUUCACGACUAAACAUUGCGGUUUUGUUUCAGUAGCAGCAGUUUCAUGUCUCAUCCUAACACAGUAACACCCUCUAGAACA